AUGCGACGCUGGACCGAAGAGUUCAGGAUGGCGUUGCCAAGACGCCGCCAAUGGGGUAUGUUUUUACUUCUGUUGCAUAUCAAGGAAAUCGAUGCGUUAUGGCUGACCCUCUACAGCUGGAAUUCGUAUAAUCACUACUCAUGUGCCCCCAAUGAGUCGAUUGUACACUCUAACGCGAAAGCACUUGUCGACUUUGGCCUUGCUGAUUUAGGAUACCGCUAUGUGACAACAGACUGCGGCUGGACAAUCGCAGACAGAACAGCGAAUGGUUCGCUGACGUGGAACGAAACACUCUUCCCAAGUGGAUUCCCUGCACUGGGAGAGUACAUCCACAGCCUAGGUCUUCUCUUUGGAGUCUACGAAGACGCGGGGAUUCGCACAUGCCAGACAAACAUGGAACAGGCGGGGAGUUUGUAUGAUAACUGCUUCUCUGAUGCUGCGACCGGGUAUCCGAAUGUCCAGUAUACACCGAGUACAUCACCUCGUGCCCGAUAUGCUAAUAUGACGAACGCUUUGUCCCAGCACAGGCCGGUUCUUUUCCAAAUCUGCGAAUGGGGCGUGGAUUUCCCCGCUCUCUGGGCUCCCUCGCUAGGCCACACAUGGCGUAUUGGUAAUGAUAUCAUUCCCGCGUGGAGAGCCAUCUUCAGGACGUUGAACCAGGCUGUGCCGAAUACCCCGUCCGCGGGGCCGGGUCAAUGGCCUGAUUUGGAUAUGUUGGAGAUCGGGACGAACGUCUUGACGACGCCGGAAGAACAGACACAUUUCAGUAUGUGGGCGAUUUUGAAAAGUCCUCUUACCAUUGGUGGCGCGUUGAAGGAUGAUUGGACGAGUAUUGGAGAAGCGUCGCUUGCGGUGCUGAAGAAUGAGGCUGUUGUUGCGUUGAAUCAGGAUGCGCUGGGGGUGAGUGCGAAUCUGAGGAGGCGCUGGUCGGACGAGGGAUAUGAUGUCUGGAGUGGAGAGCUUGAGGGUGGGCGCACUGUGGCUGCGUUGAUCAAUUGGAAUGAUGUCGAGCGCGAGUUGACGUUGGAUUUACCUGAUGUUGGAAUUCAGUAUGCGGGCACGGUCAAAGAUAUUUGGGCGGAUAAGGUACUAAAUGGUGUUCGAACGAGUUAUACCUCGACCAUUGCACCGCAUGGAGUCAUGUUGUUGGAGCUGAGCAACACCACGCAAGCUGAUACUUAUUCAGCAGAUCUCUUUGCGACAAAAAGCGGGAACAAGCUGAUAUUCAGCAACAUCUACGCCAACACCACAAGCUCAAAUUACACCAUUUCCAUCGCUUUCUCUCAAGCCCCAGAAUCAGCUAGCAGCAUCACCUUAAGCUCCCCUGCCAACCAUGCACCUCAGACAAUCCAAGUACCAGCCUCAAGCAAAACAGUACAAGCAAGCAUAUCUCUGACAGCAGGCACCACAAACGACAUUCUUCUGGAAUCAACCAUUUCAAUUAAUUCAAUCCAUAUUGCCUCCCCCACAGGAACAUACUACGGUGCUCCCGAAUUCUCUCUGUCAGGAUCCGCCAGUCUCACAAGCUGUGGAGAUGGUUACUGCGAGCCAGUAGGAUCCAAGAUCGGCUUCCUCAAUAUCAACAAUACAGCGUCAAUUACCGUCCCGAUCAGCAUACCAUCGAAUGCCUCAAGCAAGACUACGGCAAAGUAUCUGGAAGUGGAUUACAUCAACAACGACAUUGCCCUGUCGACUUCAUGGGGAUACGGAUCCAAUUCGCGAAACCUGACUAUCACUCUCAACGGUGGAGACCCAGUUCGUCUUGAGGUGCCCCUUUCUGGUCGGCAUAGUGAGCUCUUUGGGCCGGGGCUCGGUUGGUGGGAUACAGCUACUCUGGGAUUGCUUUUGCCAGGAUGGAAAGAUGGGGACAACGAGCUUGUUCUUGGGAAUGAUGCUGCUGUGGAUGUGAGCCAAACUUAUGCUCCUGAUGUCGUUGGUGUGCGUGUUUUCGGGUAG